CUGAACACUUCUUCAGGAGCCGGAAACAAAACAAGUUGUCAUGUGAUUUCUGCUUUUGUCUGGUAUGUAGCUGUAGGUGGAGAAGUCAAGGAAAAGGAUUCAGAGAAGCUGCAGAGAGUCUGGGUGACAAACACUGGCCGCCAUGGCUGAUGACUUGAAGAGAUACCUGUACAAACAGCUGCAAAGUGUUGAUGGUCUUCAUGCUAUAGUAGUGACAGACAGGGACGGUGUCCCGGUGAUCAAAGUUGCCAAUGACAACGCCCCAGUCCACGCUCUGAGACCUGGCUUCUUGUCCACGUUUGCUCUGGCCACAGAUCAGGGGAGCAAGCUGGGCCUCUCCAAGAACAAGAGCAUCAUCUGCUACUACAACACUUACCAGAUUGUGCAGUUCAAUCGGUUACCACUGGUCAUCAGCUUCAUCGCCAGUAGCAACGCCAACACAGGCAUCAUCAUGAGUCUGGAGAAGGAGCUGGCUCCACUAAUAGAGGAGCUGAGGCAGGUGGUGGAGGUGACAUAAGCUCCAACAGACCAGACUGUCCCCCUGUCUGGACCACAUCUGGAUCACAUCCUGCUCACUGUCUCUCCAUCUCUAAUGGUGCAUUCAAGUCCUGUGGGAAAUCCUGUCAGUUCGACAUGAUGAUUGGAAGUAUUCACAUCUUCAGACCUGUUUACAUCAUGGUUGAACUUUACUCUGUUGACUUAACUUCCUGCUGUUUUCUAUAGACUUCAGGUACUCUCCAUCAUUUCGCAUCUUCACUGCUAAGACUGAGCUCGUCUGAAUAAAUGUUUCAUUUCAGCACCUAAACUGGUCUUCCUUUGUUUUUCAUUGUUUUGAUUUAAAAUACAUAUUGUUUGUAUUGUGGUCUUCAGGUAAAGGUCGGUUUCUCCACACAGCUCAUUUCUUUGUUAGAGGUUUGUCUGCAGCUGUUCUCAAUGUGACACUGAGACACUGAUCCUGUGUUAUAGGUUAAAGCUACAUGUGGUUUUAUGAGGCUUUUAUGAAUUCAACUCCUGCUGCCACUUGGAGCUGUUAAAAAUAAAGACUAAUGACUGACUAAUUUCAAGCCAAAAACAUUAGACACCUCAGCCUGAGGCUAACUCAGGUCUAUGUUGCCAUGGUAUCAACCAGUGAUGCCUGCGCUGACCCAACAACAAAAGAACAGGAAAAUGUGGCUCAUACAUGUGGUUUGCUAACAUUCCUCUGGAGAGAGCAGCCAAUUUUCCGAAUCAGAAUUUUCUUUUUAUUGUUUCACUCUUCAAGUAAAACGUCCUUGUAACUCUUCCAGUAGACAAACAUUUUUCUGCUGGGGUAAAUGGAGUUGAGCAGUUGGAUGCGGUUCCUCGUUCUGCCAUUCUUUGUAUGUUGAAAAAAGUCUUAAUUUACCCAGAAUUCAUUGUACCACUGUCCAGUUUAAGUUUAACUGAAUUUAAGUCAAGACCUAAUCUGCUUUGUGCUACAGAUGAAUUUAGACAUCAAUGAGAAGUCUGACUGUUUGUUUUAUCUACGACACUGUCAAAGUUUAUCUUUGUGAAACCGGCCCCUGUUCUCAGACUCCUGGACCUCACUGUGUAUCCUUUGUCUUCAGUCCUCAGCACCACACUCUCCUGUAGGGUUGACACAGUGACAUCAGGGAACCACAGAGCUGAGCUUCAUCUCAUCUAACGCUGACUGUUACAGUAUUUAAAAAAUCCACUCUCUCCUGCCACAGGAGUGAAACAUGUUGUAGUUAUUAAAAG